AUGUGGCGGAGGGAACGAAGCCUCUCUGGGCGCCAGUCUAACGUCGGGACGCUGGAUUUUAGUGAAUUUUUGCCUGUUGGCGGUGACACGAAUAACCCACAUAACGGCUCCACUGCCUUGUACACUCCGCCUUCCACAGUGACACCCAAAUAUGUCAGGUACUUGCGUGAGGACAGUGGUUUCGGUUCUCUUGAUAAAUCCCAGGAGUCCUCAGAGGAUCACGACGGCUCCUUCCAGGAGCUUCUGCGCUCCGGACCUAAAGCAAACUGCAAAACCCCAAAUGUGGCCGAGACAAAGCGCCGGCCCCGUUUGCAGCGUCAGCACAGGCUUUCUACACUUAAAGAAGGUGGCUCUCAGUCUGAGGAGGAUGCUGCCGACAAAAAGCACAUACAGAAGCAGAAUCGCCAGACCAAGAGCGAUCCUGCACACAAAAAGCACCUGAAGCCUCCGCAGUCCCCCGGCUGCUUCACAGAAGAUGAGGUUUUCACCGACGCCACCCCUCGAAGAGCUCUCUCUGUUUUUUGUGAUAACAGUCUGACCUGUGCAAAACAGGAGUAUGUCACUCCGCAGAGAGGGCCCACGACUAAGUUAGAGAACAGGACACCUCAGAGCACGGAGCCUUCAACCGUCACACCCGUCAGGAAGACCCCCUCCAGCCGGUCCCUGACUCCGGCUCUGGAGCUGGUCCAGGCGCUGUGCCGGCAGAACGCCCUUCUGUUGGCCGGCCGAAGCUCCACCCUGAAGGAGCAGCUGAAGUGCUCGGCAGGACUGCUGGAGACCCAGGUGACGCUCAGGACCACGAUGCCAUUAGCUGGACUGAUCGGUAGGAAGAUGGGCCUGGGCCAGGUGGACAUACUGACGGAGCUGACGAAGAGGAACCUCAGACACAUCCUGACCCUCAUACUCGGCCUGCUGGACUCCAACAGCGUCUGCAGUUUUUCAAAAGUGUGCAGAAACUGGGAUGAAAUUGUCCAGCAGGACAAGCAGGCACGCCUCAGGAAAAGAAAUUACCUGAACGAAGUUGAAACAGCUCUUGAGAAUGGCGGUGGUGGGAAAGUCUUUGACGCCGACACCAGAGCCUUUCAGAGGUCGGCCCUGAAGAUGGUCCAGGCCCAGGCCAGGACCUCCAGCUUCUGCACCCCCCAGUCAGGAAACCGCACUUUAACCCCGCUGUCACAUUCAGGCAACAGCAACAGACGCAACAACUACGUAGAAGUUGCCAAAACUCUCUUUAGUGACGAGUGCCUGAAGCCGUGCCCUAAAUGUGAAAGUCCUGCCAGGUGUCAUUCCACGAAGCGGGAAGGCGUCUGCAGCAGAGCGGACUGCGCGUUUCAGUUCUGCACAUCGUGCCUGUGCUCCUUCCACGGCUCCAGAGAGUGCGCCAGUCAGUCGGCGGGCCGCCGAACCAAGAGCACCCUGAUCCCAGGAAGUGCUGAGAGCAAACGAAACAUUCGAAGACUGUGA